AUCUCUCUCUCUUCCCCUUUUUUCAUCAUUAACAUUAAUGAUUCAAAAUUUCUUCCAUUCUGAAAAAAAAAGAUUAUAAUCCACUCAAGACUCGAUCUAACGACUAUCAAUUGACACAACCUUUUCUCCUUCUUAUUCUUAAACGCCUCUUCCAACGCAACGACUCUUCAACUCCGACAACCCUCAUCUUUAACAUAUCGCCACUGUAUCAUCCACAAGCGAAGCCACUCUAGUUCGUACGUUGUUGUUUCAUAGAUCUCGACACGCCCCAACGCGGGAUCUGAAUCGGAGAACGUGUUUCGUCGUAGGAGACGGAGAAAGAAGAACCUCCGGCGGCGAGACUGUCCGGUGGAGAAGACAAAAGUGAUGAUAAUGAUGGUGAUGAUAGCUUGAAGAAAGAAUCGAAUAUGGAGGGUGAUCUUCAAAAGUCUAAAUCUUUGCGCCUUAAUCGAAGAGGAGACAGAAGCAAUCAAAAUCUUCAAGCCAAAGGUGAUGUAGAUUUUGAAGUGGGAAUCUUUUCUUCAGGGAGGGUACCCCAAGAUUACCCUAUGAAGAUUGUUUGGAAGAAAGGGUUUAUUCGAUUGAUUCUUGUUGGAGGGAUCUUGUGGAUGUUGUUAAUUCUUAUUGCAUUGUUGUUCCAUAUCUGGUCUUGUCAAACUUCUGUCUCCUUUUUAUCAGCCAUGUGUAACAAAAAUAGCAAGGUUUACACCAUGUUAGACACUAUGGGACUUGUAACAAAACCUCACAGAUGUCCGAUUCCUGUUUCCAAUGACCCUGAUAAAAUAGUUAUCCCUACUGGAAGAACUUCUGAUAAAAUUGUCAAAGAUUUAUCGUAUGUUACCGAAGAUGAGGUUCCAAAUGAUAGUUCCGAGUCGUCUCCUCUAUUUGGAGGCCAUAUUAGUUGGAAACAGAGGGAGUAUAGUUUCAAACUAAAGUCAAAUAUGAAGGUGCACUGUGGAUUUAUCAAAGGUGGCGGUGCUGAAAUGGAUCCCGUAGACAUAAAUUAUGUUAAGAAAUGUAAAUUUGUUGUUGCAUCUGGCAUUUUUGACGGCUAUGAUAUACCUCAUCAGCCGUCAAAUAUAAGCCUUCGCUCAGAGAAACUUUUUUGCUUUCUUAUGGUUGUGGAUGAGGUAUCUCUGAAAUUCAUGAGGGAAAAUAGUACUGUGAAAGAAGACAAUGCAGGUGGAAAAUGGGUGGGCAUUUGGCGACUUAUUCUUCUUAAGAAUCAGCCCUAUGAUGAACCAAGAAGGAAUGGGAAGGUUCCGAAAAUAAUAACACACAGGUUAUUUCCUCAAGCACAAUAUAGUAUAUGGAUUGAUGGUAAAAUGGAGCUGGUAGUUGAUCCGUUGCUUAUCCUCGAGAGAUACCUAUGGCGAGGGAAAAAUACAUUUGCCAUUGCUCAACAUAAGCAUCAUCGUAGUAUAUACGAGGAGGCUGAUGCAAACAAGAGGCGAAAGCGAUACGCGCGGCCCCUUAUUGAUCUCCACAUGAAAAUAUAUUAUUACGAGGGGAUGCAACCAUGGAGUUCAAGUAAAAAGACUAUUAGUGAUGUACCAGAGGGAGCAAUUAUAAUUCGAGAACAUACUGCGGUGAAUAACUUGUUUAGCUGCUUGUGGUUUAACGAGGUUCACCUCUUCACGCCGAGAGAUCAACUGAGUUUUGGCUAUGUUGCGUACAGAUUAGGGGACGCGUUUGAUUUCUUCAUGUUUCCAAACUGUGAAUACAACUCGAUAUUUGUGUUGCAUCCUCACACAAGAGAGCACUCUUCUCCCAUAGAAUGGGUUAAAGAGCUGGAUCAACUUAAAAAGAAUAGCAAUUUAAAAGAAAGUAGGGGAGGAUUAGGCUUGUUUACACCUUAUCCUGGGGAUCUUAGUUCAGUUGUUCUGCCACAAAUAACAAGAACAUCAAAAGCUGGAUGACAUUUUUGUUUAUUUUGUAGUAACAUAUUUGUUAUAUGUAUUUUUUUAUUUUGAAGAAUUUUUUGAUCAUAAUUAAUGGAAGUAAAGCUUAUUUUGAGAGUUUAGAAA